AUGAGUACUCGCCCUGUGGCGAUCGCGCCUGCGACAAGUAAGACUUCGUCUGGUAGCGAUGGGGGUGUCCCGAUACACUCCACUACGAUGUCCUACAGCUGUCAACAUUGCGUACGCAGGAAAGUCAAAUGCAACAGGGCCAUGCCAUCCUGCACGAGUUGCCAAAAAGCCAAGCUCGAGUGUUUCUAUAAGGUACCACAACCACCACGGAAGCGGAAACGUAGGGAAAGCGAGGAUGUGUACCAGCGCUUAGCACGGUAUGAGCGCAUACUACAGGAGAAUGGCCUUCUCUCGAGAACCGUGGCACGAUCGCCCUCUUGCAGAGGAACCCCGGAAAAUGUGCACGAGGAUGGCCCUCCCCACAUAGCGCAAAGCGAUGCAGCAAAGACAGGAAGGUUAGUAUCUGAGGAUGGAAAGUCACGGUACAUUGACAGUCGAGUGUGGCUCGAUGUGGCGGAAGUGAGUACGCGAGAGCUAUCCGACAAUGAGGGAGACGAUCAAGCUACUCCCAUGGCCUUGGACUUGCCAACGGAUGAUCCGCUUUCUGCGACCCUGCUAGGGGCGUCGAAAAACCUCUCAAGCUAUCAUCCUCCCUAUCCAGACGCCAUGAAGCUUUGGACAAUCUAUAUUAAAAAUGUCGAUCCUCUCUGCAAGGUCCUGCACAUACCCACAACGACUGAAAUGAUCGAAAUGGUAUCACAAAAGCCGACCGGAGCUACUCGAGCGCAAGAGUGUCUUGUAUUUGCUGUCUAUCAUUUCGCUGUAUAUUCAAUCACCGACGAGGACUGCAUGCGUCAAUUUGAGAGAACAAGGACUUCGUUGAUGUCAAAGUACCAGUAUGCCAUGCGGCAAGGACUAGUUAAUGCGUCUUGGUUGAAAACAACUGAAUUGCAGGUAUUACAGGCCUACGUUCUUUUCCUUAUUGCGAUGCGCACCCGAAUAGAUCCACAUACAUUCUGGAUAUGGACUGGUGUCGCGAUUCGUAUUGCGCAGCGUAUGGGACUGCAUCGCGACGGAGAGAAUUUAAAUCUACCUCCUUUCGACGUUGAGAUGCGAAGGCGACUUUUCUGGCAGCUCAUUCCCCUUGACGGUUACGCCGGUCAAGUGUCAGGCACUGGCAUUUCCAUCGCACCGGGUGAUUGGGAUACGAAUCAGCCGCUCAAUAUCAACGAUGACCAGAUAUACCCCGAUAUGAAGCAGCCACCCAACGUACAGACCGGUGCCUCUGAGAUGAUAUUCUGUCUCACGAAAGCCGAGCUCUCUGAAUUCUAUGCCCACACAGCAGUAAAGAUGAAUUCUGUCAGUUCUAAAGGCCAAGUGCGAGAUAACGCACACCUGGAGAAGUUAAUAGAUAAGCUUGAAAGUGACUUAGAGAUGAGGUAUCUGCGGUACUGCGAUAUCAUAAACCCGGUACAUAUCUUAACACUUGGAAUCACCAGGGCUGCCGCAAACAUGGUACGCCUGCGCAGUCAGAUGCCGUCCCUCAAGUGUCAAAAAAUUGACGAGGCACAAAGACGGGAGCUCUGCGUCCUUGCGGAGAAGAUCCUCGACACUUACAACGCUCUAUACGCCAAUCCAGACCUGCGGAGGUUCCAGUGGCACAUAAAGACGUUCUUUGUCUGGGACGCGAUGAUAUGCAUUUUGAAUGGCUUGGCUACAGAGGGGUUUCUUUCGCGCACAGAGCUGGACCGAAAAUGGGAGAAGAUUAUCGUUGCCUACUCAAACCACCCGGAAUUACUUGAGAGCAAGGGGGCACUACAUGCUGUAGUGAGUGAGAUAACUCUGACGGCGUGGAUAUCAAAUCCCCCAAGCAACUCUACGGUUGAGCCCGCGUUCAUUAGCACGUUGCGAUCUCAACGCGAGACCAGGGGCUUUGGAUGUGCACACAACCCCGACAAGACAACACGGCAUGAUGAACCCGCGGAAGCAGCGGAUUUUCUUGAUACCUUUCUUCACGGCCCUGAAGGGACUGACCUGUAUUUUGACGGUAAUUUUAGCUAUGGGGUCGCAGAUUGGAUGUUUUGGGAUUAA